CCUUGGAAAUUAUUUAGGAUUGAAUUUUUAAGUAUUUUCUCAUAUCAUUCUUACUUGCUAUGUGCUUAUAAUUUCUGAAUUGAUUUUGUGUUAAACCAUUAUUAAUUUCUAUUUGUUGAUUUCUAUUAUUAUGUAGUAUCCUGUAUUAUCAAAAUGACUCCCAUGUUAUCACUAUUGACUGAAAACAAGCUGAAUGGAUCUAACUUUAAUAAGUGGAAUGAGAACAUUAAUAUUGCUCUCAUAGGAGAAAGUGCCUUGUUUGUUUUAACUGAGCCGUCACCUGAAGUGCCUGGGGACAAUGCAUCCAAAGCUGUGAAAGAAAAGUAUGAGCGUUGGCAGAAAGCAAAUGACAAAGCUCUAUACUUUAUGCUUUCUAGCAUGGUUGACACCCUCAAAACUCAGUUUUCUAAAACCGAAAAGGCUGCUGAAGUUAUGACGAAGUUAAAUGAGCUAUUCGGUAAGGCAUCACUUCAGUCACGCUUUGACGCAACUAAGAAGUACAUUAAUGCACGGAUGGAACCUCAUCAAAACUUGGGCCUUAACAAUUAUCACCCAAGAGAAGGAGACCUGAUUGGUGAAAGAGAGGGCUAGUUGAUAUAUGCAUAUAUGAGAUGAACAAAAGAAAA